AUGACCGUCUUUGGAGGAUGUGGCAGGUUGAGGCAGUGUUGCAAGCUUUAUCAUAGCGUGCUCAGAGAGACAAAGUGCUACAACCUUUCCCGAGAAGCUUUUGUAGGAGAUCGUCGUGCCGAUAGAGAGAUCGACAAGUCUAGCGAUAACCGAAUGGGCCGACUGAGGAGUGUCCUUGACAGUCGUGGGCCUGGUUUGCUUACUUGGGUUGAGAUCAAUUUAUGGGUCACGCCAUUCUUUGUGAUCAGGAUUUUAAUGGUUGAAAGGAACAUAGACUUGGUAUAUGGAGGUGGAAGCAUAGGGUUGAUGGGCCUCGUCUCUCAAGCUGUUUAUGAUGGAGGCCGCCACGUGUUAGGGGUGAUUCCAACAACUCUAAUGCCCAGAGAGAUAACGGGAGAGCCAGUCGGAGAAGUGAGAGCAGUCUCUGGUAUGCAUCAGAGAAAGGCAGAGAUGGCUAGGCAAGCUGAUGCAUUCAUAGCCUUGCCUGGCGGGUAUGGUACAUUGGAGGAGCUAUUAGAGGUCAUAACUUGGGCUCAGCUUGGAAUUCAUGAAAAACCGGUGGGCUUACUAAAUGUAGAUGGAUACUACAAUUCAUUGUUGUCUUUCAUAGACAAGGCUGUGGAUGAAGGUUUCAUUAGACCUUCUGCCCGUCACAUCAUUUUGUCUGCCCCAACUGCCCAUGAACUCAUGAACAAGCUCGAGGAUUACGUUCCUGAACAAGAUGAGGAUGCGUUAAAAUUGAGUUGGGAGAUGGAGCAACAAUAUGGAUACACCACAAGAUCUUCAGACAUUGCCCGUUGA